GAAAAUCAUCUCUAUCAGCUUUCAAAAAGCCUCCCAACAUCUUCUCAUCUUCACCAAUUAGAAAAAUGGCAGCAGCUUCUUUCCAUGCUCGCUCCAGCAGUUUGCCUGCAGGAUCACACCCUCUAGUUUCGGAGAUCGACGAGCAGGUUUGCAGGUUGAGACAAUGUCAAGCUGCUUCCACUUCAUCAUCAUCCAUAGGCCACAGCUUGAAUAGCCUUCAGGUUGUGUAUGAUUGUGUUGACCAGUUGUUCCAGCUGUCGACAACUCAAGAAGCCUUGAUCAAUGACCAGAAAUGCUUCAACGAGCUACUAGAUGGAUCCCUCAGGCUCUUGGAUUUGUGCAACACGGCCAGAGAUGCCUUGUCCCAGAUGAAAGAGUCUGUGGCUGAACUUCAAUCCGCUAUUCGCAGAAAGCAAGGUGGUUUGGAAGGAGAAACCAGAAAAUAUCUGAAAUCCCGGAAGACUGUGAUCAAAGCCGUCCAGAAGGUCUUGAAGGGUAUGGAAAACAAGAAAUCCACUGCAUCCAACAACAUCGAGACGAUCGCCAUGCUAAAGGAAGUUGAAUCUGCUGUUAUUGAGUUUUUGGAGUGCUUGCUGACAUUCAUUUGUCAAUCGAGCUCAAAGCCAAGCAGCUGGUCAUUGAUUACCAAGUUGAAAAGGGUGUCUCCAGUAAAUGAGAAUGAAUUCACAGACGUGGAUGCCUCUUUGAAGAUGAACAAAUCUACUGAGGAGGUUCAAGUUCAUCUGAAGAGCUUGCAGCCACGCAUUCAAGAUCUCCAGGAAGGAGGUGAGUGUUUGUUUAGGCGUUUGAUCAAAACAAGAGCCUCCAUUCUCAAUAUCCACAAUCUGUAAUUACUAUAUCGUCAAAGUCAUACUUGUACAUAAAUCAGCUGUAAAGACAAUCUUGAUACUCAAUACAUAAUAUACAUGGUCUCCUGGAAAUUUAUGUCUCACUUUUUUGUUUAUUUCUCUCUCUUUUCUAUUGCUGUUCUGCAUUCAAGAUCUUCUACUGUGAAGCGGCUACUGUACUGUGAAGAAGACACCUAUCUACCACAUCGCUUAACUAGCAAGUGAAAGCAGAAGGCUUGGAAUAAGAAGCAAGCUCUGGACUCUGCACAAUUCAUACCUUUCUCGGCCUUUUGGCUAAGAUCAAGUGUAGUAUCUGUUCUUAUCAGUUUAAUAUCUGAUACGUGGGCCACUGGCCCACACGAUAUUAAAUUUAUUUUUAUAGGGGGAGAAAGCCCACUACUGGAGCUUGCUUCAGGGGCCUUCUCGCGUGUCGCUCGAGCGUUGCACUACUGCUUGGGCCCUCGCACCCCACCAAUACGAGUACAAGAUCCUUUGAUUUCGUAUUCGGCCCAUAAUGCCAAUUUGCUGACGGCCCAUUGUUACAAUUGCAUUUUCACUUUUCAGUUUUCUUAUUAUUUUGUGGCAUUGGAAUUUGGAACUGUGAAACAAUUUGAACUCUCUUACAGGUUUGCAGUCUGCUACUAACGUAAGAUCUAGUGCUUCGGAGUUGAGUUCCUCAGCGUACAAGUUCUUCUCAUGGCCUUAUCAAGCAGCCUUUUUUUUUUCCAGAAAUGCCUCUAACCUUUGAUCAAGUAAUUGCCUGCUGCAGAAGUCGACCCUCUGCAAAUUUCAAAUGCAGAAAUCAACACCCUCUUUCAAGAGACCGGCCUUCAUACGACGAGCGAGAUCACCUGACUUUCUCGCGGUUCGUUGUCUGACAGCUACAGAGCUGCAUCAAGUACACUUGCAAAUUCACUCGUCACAUCAGAAUCUGCUUGUGAACUUGCCCCUUUUAUCCAGAUUUAGCUUGUUCCCAACAGCCAAGCCAUUGAUCUUCGUAUUUGAACUCGAGAUCAACGAAAACGAGUUUCACGAGUGAUCUUGGAGCCCGAUGCAUAUGGGUUGCUUGUAGUAUCAGAGUUUGCAGUCCUUAACUGCAUUUUCCAUCAUGGCCUUACCAAUGGCCCUUUCUUCAGUAAACAUUUAAGGCUUUCCUCUAUUGGGAUCAAAGGGAAACAAAUUGCUUAUUAGAGAUCGUAACUGUCGUGCGAGAAUUUAGUCAACGACGACUUCGAUCAUUCGAGAAGACGAGAUUUUUUUCCAAGUCUGCGUUUCGGUUAUAUUUUUCAGACUGGUUCUUCAGUUCUACUACCCUUACUUGCACUAAUGUGAAGAGUGAAGACUCUCACUUCGUUAUGUACGUACCACAUCGUUAUCGAAAUCACAGUAAAAUCAAAGGGCUUGAAAUAAAAUAGAGCUAUGAGG